AUGGUUGAGAUAUUUGAUCCUAGCAAGGGCAGAUUCAUUGUACAAGACUUGGUUGGCGAAGUGUCUCUCGGUGCCGUGGAUGUUGAGUGCAUCUUGGCCUUGGAGAACCACGGACUGUCGGCAGAAGGUAUUCUCGGUGAGGAAGGUGAGGAUGUUAAAGAUCGAGUGCCGCCUCAGUUCCUAAGCAAGACCACAGGUAACAUAGUCAUCAAUGAUCUGAUUGUGGACAUCACAAAAAAUAAAUCUGCCGACGACGAUUUCCUUCGGAGAGUUGUCCUCGUGUUGCUUGGAACAGUUCUUGCUCCCAUGUCGAGCAAGACUUACAUGUACUGGGAGAAGGUUCAGCCUCUGGAAGGUGAAUGCGCAUUCAAUCCUAGCUUGUCCAUGGAACCUCUAAUGAGGAAUUGGACUGAAGCUGCAGCCUCAAGGAGAGACAAGUUUGAUUAUGACCAAGGCCGUGGCCGUGGUAACAUCAAGAUUGAAGACAACAUAACCAAGGAGUAUAGGGCGCAGGAGCGCAAAGUACCCGAACCAGAAAAGCCAAAAAUGAAGCCCGCCGUUGGUGCGGCAAAGAAGUCCAAGUUAGCCUCAAACGCGGACGAGAUGAUGAACCUCAUCAUGAAGCGGUGUAUGGAUUACAUACGCAGCGAAAUGAAGGAAAUACCAGAACAAAGAUUGUUAGAGAAGUUGAACCAAAAUGGUGUGAUGUACAAGCCAGCGGCUGCUGCGGCUUCCGGCAACAACGAUGCCGACCUAGAAGUGGAUUCCUUUGAGAAUGAGCCGGUGAUUGAUUUGACACAGCCUGACGAGCCUGUUGUAAACCAGAACAACGAUGAUGAGGAAAAAACACCUGCCAAGUUAAAUGUUGACAAGACAACGAAGCCUACUGAUGAGUGCGGCGCAACACCGGAGAACCCUUGGAUUGUAGGUAAUUCUCCUCGAGCAGAAUCGUCCGACAUUGACAUUUCUGCAAGUUCUAUCGACAGGAUGGUGGGUAAGAGCAAGGGGAAAAAGUCUGCAGCAACCGCAAAAGAAGACGAUUUUAUAUCCGGGAAGCGCCGACGGACUGUUCCCAAGAAAUUUGAAUCCCCCUUUAAACUUGACAAGCCCGGCAAGCGAAGCGCUCGCGCUCUGUUUAGUGACAAUGACAUGAAAGGCUCUGUUAAGGACGAUUUGACACCAGAACUCAUCGAUGCUGCUGUUGCGUUUGUGGAGGCAGCUGCUCGGUCUGAGAAGAAUAUGACAAAAAGAGUUUACUACCAUGAACGUGGCACCUCUGUGACUGUGGAGAGAAUACGACUGGUUAUCGAUGCUUAUCAGACACAUUUGGCUCUGCGCGUUGGUCAUGAUCGGCACCUCUGUCCAGCCUGGAGGUCCAAAUACCUUGUUGAUCGUGCUAAGGCACGAGACAACCCUAAACCGUCGAAAUACAACAUGGAUACUGCGCUGAGCAGAGCUGGAGCAGUACGUAGGGUUCUGGACGAGUAUACCGUCCGUGAUAAGUCAUUUAUCCCGUUGAACGUCGGCAAUACACACUGGAUCACCAUGGUGAUGCACAACCGCAAGAAAGAAUUCCGAGUUUUUGAUUCGCUCUAUCCUCUCGAGUUCUCUCUCGACACUGUGAAAGCACUGCGACUAGCAAUAGCAAUUGAUAUGGAAGAGGCAAACCGUAUUACACCUGGCAAAUAUCCAGACGUCACUAAGUGGCCUAUCAUACCUCAGAUCGACAUGCCACCACAAGAGGACGGGAACUCUUGUGGCCUUUUUAUGAUUGAAGUUAUGGAGCAUUGGGACGGGGAUCGAUGGACCGCCGAUUUUACCCAGGGCACGGUUAAUGCAAGGAGAAGGCGUCUCAUCGCCGAGUUGGUUCUCUCACCUACCAACACGCUCGAAUGUGUGAAGAACAAAAUCCGCGACAUCGCAAAGAAAAGCAAGGCGUGA